GGUGUGCGCCGAUAGGAGCUCAGCGCCCCCUGCAGGGCGGGAGGACCCACGGCGGGAGGGGGGGGGUGUCCCGGGGGCGGGUCCCGGUGUCCGGUCCCCGUGUGUCCCCCGCCGUGUGUCCCCCCCCCGCCAUGGCUGCCCUCCGCCUUCUCCUGCUGCUGCUGCUGCUGCUGCCGCCCCCGGCCCUGCCCGACCGCCCCGCCCCCGCCUGCCGCCUCCAGUGGGUGCAGGUGGGUUCGGGCGCCGGGGGGUGCCGGGGGGGAGGGGCAGCCGCCUGCGUGGGGCACUGCGAGUCCGGCGCCUUCCCCUCCCCCCACGCCAUCAUGGCCGCCAGCCGCCACCCCCGCACCUCCCUGGCCCAGUGCUGCACCAUCGCCCGCGCGCACAAGGUCUGGGUGACCCUCCAUUGCCCCGGGGGCCCCCGCCGCCUCCCCACGGUCUCGGCCCGCGCCUGCCGCUGCGACAUGUGCCGCCUCUCCCGCUACUGACCCCCCCCCACCCCGCCACGGCGGGGACCCCCCAGAUGUUGGGGGAGGGGGUGUGUCACCCCCCCGGCACAUCUGGAUGCGUGUGUGUCCCCCCCAAAUGUCGGGGUGUCCCCCGUGUCCCCCUCCCUGCCAUUAAAUGC